AUGAAAGUCCCAUACGCAGCCAGUCUCCUUCUAGGAGCUGUCUCCGUCGGCGCCCACAAAUCCGCCGACUACUCCUACGAGUCAAGUGAGGAGAACCGCCCUGAAAUCAACGGCCAAGUCACUGGCGAAAUUCAAUGGCAGUCUCCACCUGUCAACUCAACUCUGUUGAACAUCAAGCCAUUCCGUGUCACUUGCACUGGUUCCAAAUGGGGCCAUUACUGUGAAAAGGCAACUGACGGCAAAAGUGACACAUACUGGGAGAGUGACAAUCUUGGUCAUGGGCCACCGUGGAUCUCAAUUGAUCUCAAAACAGUCCAUAACAUCAGUGGCUUGACCAUGCUACCUCGGUUGGAUGACAGUCUUACUGAGGGUCAGAUUGCCAACCACCGUGUCUACUUGAGCAAGGAUGAGCGAAACUGGGGCGAGCCAGUUGCCUACGGAACAUGGGGCAAGAACAAAGGAAUGAAACUUGCUGCUUUCAACCCUACACCCGCCCGCUAUGUCAAGCUCGUUGGUGACACUCCUCCUAUUCCUGACGCACCUGGCUGGCAUGAGCCUGCUUCGAUCGUCAACCUUGGUAUCUACGCUGCCGAUUAUACCCUCCCCGUCGAGCCUGGCAAGGGUGCGUGGGGACCAACUCUCGACUUGCCUGUCAUCCCAGUUGGUGCGGCUCAGGAACAGAAUGGCCAGAUCAUUCUCUGGUCUGCUUGGGCCGAUGACCAGUUCUUUGCUUCCCCUGGUGGCAAGACUCUCACCACCACAUGGAACCCCAAGACCGAGACAAUCGAGCAAACUGUCGUCGCCGAGACCCACCAUGAUAUGUUCUGCCCGGGCAUGUCCAUGGACUUCAACGGAAGUAUCGUCGUCAGCGGCGGCGGUGACGCUGGUCGAACAAGUAUUUUCAACGGGAAGACCUGGGAGUACGGUCCUGACAUGCGCCAGCCUCGAGGAUACCACGCAACGACAACUCUGUCCGACGGUCGAAUUUUCGCGAUCGGUGGCUCUUGGAGCGGCGGCAACAAGGAGGAGAAGAAUGGCGAAGUCUACAACCCCAUCAAGAGGAAGUGGUAUACCCGCUCUGGAACAAAGGUUAACAACAUGUUGACUAAUGACCGACUGGGUCGUUGGCGUGCCGAUAACCACGCCUGGCUGUUUGGAUGGAAGGAUGGAAGUGCCUUCCAGGCUGGUCCCAGUGUUAAGAUGAACUGGUAUACCGUUGAGAAGAGUGGCAGCACCACUCCCGCUGGGAGACGAAUGGAUGAUGGAGACUCCAUGUCGGGCAACGCUGUCAUGUUUGACGCUGUUCACGGCAAGAUCCUCACUUUCGGAGGCCAGCCCUCUUACGAUGGUUCUUAUGCGACUAAGAACGCGCAUAUUAUUACACUGGCUACUCCAGGCGAAGAACCUCUCGUCCAGAUUGCCGGUAAAGGUUCUGGCAACGGCAUGAACUUCCCCCGUGUCUACCACACCUCUGUUGUUCUUCCCGAUGGCAAGGUUUUUGUUGCCGGCGGCCAAGCCUGGGGACAGCCCUUCAACGAGAAAACCGUCCAGUUUUACCCAGAGAUUUACAACCCCGAGACGGAUACUUUCGAGCUCAUGAACGGUCAAAACAUCAUUCGUGUCUACCACAGUAUCUCCAUGUUGCUCCCUGACGCGACUGUCCUGAACGGCGGUGGCGGUCUCUGCGGAAACUGCUCUGCGAACCACUACGAUGCUCAGAUCUUCACUCCUCCCUACCUGCUGACUGCCACUGGUGAGCGACGCGAGCGCCCCAAGAUCGUGAGCGCUUCUGAGCGGGUCAUCGUGGGUGGUGACUUGAAAUUCUCCGCUGAUAAGCACAUUGGAUCGGCAUCUCUCGUUCGCCAGGGAACCACUACCCACACUGUCAACACUGACCAGCGUCGUGUCCCACUUGAGCUGAACGCCCAUGAAGACCACACGUUCACUGCGAACCUCCCAGAUGACGCCGGUAUCCUGCUUCCUGGAUGGUAUAUGCUUUUCGCUUUUGAUGCCGAGGGCACGCCUAGUGAAGCGUCCUUGGUCAAGGUGGAAUUGUCCCAAUACGCAACCAUCGAGCUCGAGGAAAUGCUGGAAGGUGACAGUGACUAUGAAGAUGUUGAAGAUCUGGGGGCCCAUGAAGAAUGCGAUGAAGAGAAAAUGUCGGGCAUGCUCUCUGCUAUCCUCUCCUCGCCCACCCGAGUCUGGAAAUCAUGGAAGCCUCUCCUGGUUUUGCAGGGCAACUAA